ACUUAUUUCUAUGACAGUGACGUCACAGAACCCAAUUCUCUCGCGUCUGUUUAUCGCGUGUUGUUUUUAUUUAAUGAGAGUUUGAAGUUUAAACAAUAUCGCGUCGUCAGUCAGUGUCGCGGGACACUCGUCGUUUUAAUGAUUUUCAACUUGGUAAAUUGAUGUGGAAUUCGUAACGUUGAAUUGAAAUUAUUCGAUAGGUAUAUUUUUUCGCGUUUUACUCGUACAAAUAAGUAUUCAAAAUGGCCAUGAAAACAGCCUGCUGCGGGCAUUCUCUUCGUUCGAUUACUUUAAUCUUGCUUUAUUUCAAUGUGGUUGGAAUGAUAUGGGGAUUGUUGACUUAUCUGACCGAUGUUGCGGAUUCAUCGUACAAUCAGUUCUUCAAAGAUGGCACCUUCUUCUAUUUGGAUGUAAUGACUAUGAUAAUUGGAGCAGUGAUUUUUAUAUGCACGAUUGUAUCCAUUUCUAAAGAAAAACCUUCGAUUCCUUUGUUAACUGCAUCCGUAGUGUACCUAGUGUUCGAAGUGCUGUACAUGCUUUAUAGUAUCAUUGUGCUCAACUCCAGCGAUGCUAUAAAAGAAACAUACGACGAAUUUAUUGAAAAACAAAUCAAGGAACAUUCCCCUAAAAAUGAAAAAGAAUAUCGAGAAUUGAUGAAUCGCAUGUAUUCUGGUGUAUUGUUUCUCGUGUACGCUGCAUUCUCGGUCAGCAUAGCCAUCAAACUCUACGCCGCAAUGGUAAUAUACAGUUACAAAGUCGAUCUACUAGACAGGCCCGUUUACUCCGCACCACCUCGAGAAACAGCCGAUGACAAAGAAGCCAAUACCUCAGCCCCUGCUGGUCACAACAUCCAAUUUGCCACUCCUCAGUAUCCUAGUCAACCUAUGCACUAUCCCACUCAACCAGUUCAGUAUCCUACUGCAUACCAAUAUGCUGACCAACCUCCUUCCUACCCUUCUCAGCCGGCCGUUUACCCUCCUGGAUACCUGUACCCUGACCAGCCACCUCAAUACUCCGCACAUAACCAAUACCCAGCUCAACUACCUCAGUACCCUAUUAUUGACUCGAAGUAAUUUUCCACAGUGGUCCAUUCUGAGAUGGGAAAAUGUGAAGAUGGAGAGCUUGGGCAGAGUUCCUUUUGUAUUUUGUAAUAUUUGAGCUUAUGUUGUUUCCGUUCUGGGGUUUUUUCUUUUUUUUUUAAAUUGUUGUUUCUUUGUGUUUUACUUAUAUAUUGGAAGUUUUCAAUCAAACGUAUGUUUAUUCGAAGAUGUUGAUAUUUUGUUGGCUAGAUAUUGUAUUUGUGAUGAAGUGUGUGAGUUGUGAUACUUGUAUAUUUUUUUAUUUGUAUUUUUCUCAUUGCAUUUGAUAUUAUUUUUUUUCAUUCAUUGUGCAUGUAUAUGCAUUUACUUAUCUACCAUGCAAUUUAUCCCAGGAUCAACUGAGUAUUAUUUACUUACUUGCAUGUUUUUAAUGUUUAAGAUGCAAAUUUGUUUUUAUUAUUAAAUUAAAAAAGAACCAUGCGUUUUGAUAAUGACAAGUUGAGUUUAUAUUUUAUUUAUUUCGAGUAAAGGAAAUUAGAAAUCAAUUAUUUUAUUUAUAAAGUUGAAUAAGUAUGAACACUUAAAUAUCUACUUUGAUUUUAUAUAAUGUCCUUUUCAAUCAGUUUUAUGACAAAUGUUAAAUUUUUUAUAAGUAUGGUCUGCAAGCUAAAGUUUUGGAUACCAAGAUUAACAUUAAAAGAGCACUUUUUUUUUUUUUUUUUUUUUUUUUUUAACAAAACAUUGUCUGUGAAGAAUUUAAAUUUUUUAUAACAAUUUGUCAAAAAGAUAGAAAAAAAUCAAAAAAAUGUAUUUGUCUUUCAACUGGAUUUUUCUCUAUUCAAAUAACAUUUCAAAAACAUAUUUUGUAUUGCACCAAACCAUUUUGAAAUAUUACAAACUUGGACUUGGCGUUGGCGUCUUCACUGCAUCGUUUAUUUUCACUCUCAUUUAUGACGUGAGAGCUUGGGAUGAAAGAAUGCGUGGUUAUACCGUUAAUUUGUCAUAGAAACAGUGUAAGAAGCUCGUAUGCUCUAUUAGUUUCGACUCUGUAGUCAACCAGCCAGUGUCAAGUUCUUGGUUUCUUCGGAUUGUCGAAUUCGAUUUAUUUUUUUACGAUAUUUUAUUCCAAUAUUGAAAUAUGGCUUUGAAAACAGCAUGUUGGGGACAACGUUUAUGUACAGUUUCUCUGGUUUUUCUUUUUAUUUAUUCGAUUGGCAGUGCGUUGGAAUUACUAUUUGAACUAGCUGGUCGACUUGCAAUCAGAUCAGAUUCUAAUGACGUGUGGAAGAUACAGUAUUUACGAGAUACUUCUGCCAUCAUUAAUUAUUGGAGUUUAUUUUUUAUGACAAUCGGAUGCCUGGUUUUCAUAGCCACGAUCGUGUGCAUUGUGCUGG